AUGGAUUACCCCAUGACAGAUGUCAAGAAGAUACACAUUCUUCAGGACAUUGCCUCCACAGUGUCAUGUCUUGGGAUUAGCAUGCCACAGAUAAUAGCUAUUGGGUCCCAGAGCAGUGGAAAAAGCAGUGUGCUCGAGCAAAUAAUAAGAAGAGAGAUUCUUCCUCGAGGUACAAACCUGGUAACAAGAUGUCCCGUUGUUCUGCAUCUCAGAAGAUGUAGAGAUGAGGCCGAGAGCGUGGUGUUUGAUCAUCUUGCAAAUCCUGUCUAUGACUUCACAGCAGCAAGGUCUAUAAUUACAAAAAGAAUGGUGGAGAUCUGUGGAGACAAUAAAGGGAUUAGCAGCACUCCAAUAACUGCAUUCGUAAACCUUGAGGACACACUGGAUAUGACAUUGGUUGAUCUCCCAGGGCUCAUAAAGGUUCCUAUAGGUGAACAGCCUGAAGAUAUCGAGGUCCAGAUCGAGAAUAUGGCUCUCAACUAUGCAGAAAAGGAAUCCUCAAUAAUCCUAGCUCUCAUAAACGCCAAUGCAGACAUAGCAACGAACGAGGCAUUAAAAGUUGCAAGAAAGGCCGAUCCUCAGCUGAAAAGAACUUUGGGUGUAGUUACAAAAAUAGACCUAAUGGACGAAGGGACAGAUUGCUUGAACAUCCUUUGCAACAGGAACCCAAGGUUAGCCCUUGGAUACGUAGGUGUCAUAAACAGAGGGUACCAGGACAUUUCUAAAGGAGUCUCUGUGCAUGAGGCCAUUCUUAAAGAAUCCAUGUACUUCAAAGAAAGCCCCUUGUAUGGCAAGGUGUAUCCAAAUAUAGGGUCUAACUAUCUGAUGAAGAAGUUAAAUGAAAUAUUCUACAAGAUGGCGGUCGAGUCGAUUCCAGGGAUCAAAACAGCAAUAAGAAACCAAUUGAAUGGUAAGGCUGAAAGACUUCAUGAACUAGGUCUUGGAAGCGCCAUGAAGAGCGAGAGAUCUCUUGUAUUAGCCUAUCAUCAGGUGGUUCUGGGAAUAUUCAAGAACAUCAAGCCUAGUAGCAGGGUGUUUUCCAGAGGCAGCUCAAACUUUUUGAGUGAUCUCAAAGAAACAUUUGAAAGAGAUGAGUUCCUUCCUAGCUUUGAAGAUCUAUCCUCCCGGCUCAGAAAGUCUUCAUACAUAUUUAUAUCGGAGGCUGUCUUUUAUGAUGUGGUAAGAGAAAACAUAAGGAAAAUGACAGAAACAUACUUGGAAAAGACAAACACUGCAGUAAGGCUGCUGAUUGAGGAGAUUUGGAGCAUAUCAAGUACCAGAUUUGGGGAUCUAUCAAAAAAGCUUAACGCUGUGACCUGCGAAUGUAUGGAAGGGCAGAGAAACAGGCUUCUGGACAACAUAGAUAUGUAUUCAUCUAUCCAGUCUUCAUACAUCAAUGUAGACCAUCCGGACUUUGAUAAAUCAAAGGCUUUGAGCUUGAUUCUACGAAAGAUGCCGAGGAGUGACCCUGGAAUUCUAAGUGCCAUAUUUAGUUCUAAGGAGGUAUCCUUUGAAGAUAAAGCCUUCGAAGUACGGGUUAUAAAGGAAUUGGCAGGAUCUUAUCUUGGGAUUGUGAACAAAGAAAUGAGAAACUAUGUUUUCAAAGCAAUUCAUUAUUAUUUGUUUGAGCAUAUAGACUCUAAACUUCUCAAUACUCUCACAGAAUUGGAAAUUGAAGACUCAGUACUUGCAGAAUGCCCAGAGAUUAUUCAUGAAAGAGAUGGCCUUGCCAAAGAUAUAGAGGUUCUGAAAAAUGCACUUUCUGUUCUGGACAACUUCUGA